AUGGAGGGCCCACCUCCACACCCACCACUCUCCGGCAUCCCAAUCACCAGCCCAAUAGCGGCGGUCUACCCGGAGUCCCUCGACUCCUCCCCUCGCUCCCGCCAGACCGACUCCUGGGACGCUGAUCCUCUUCCGCCGCCGCAAAAGCUCCGCUUCAUGUGCAGCUAUGGCGGCCACAUAGUCCCCCGCCCCCACGACAAGACCCUCUGCUACAUCGGCGGCGACACCCGCAUCAUCGUCAUCGACCGCCACACGCCCCUCACCGACCUCCGCCAACGCCUCUCCAAAACCCUUCUCCACAACCAGCCCUUCACCCUAAAGUACCAGCUCCCAAACGAGGACUUGGACUCCUUAAUCUCCGUCGCCUCCGAUGAAGAUCUCGAGAACAUGACGGAGGAGUACGACCGCCUCAAUAAUCCCUCCGCCGGGUUGAAGAACGGCCGCCUCCGUCUCUUCCUGUUCCCCCAUACCUCCUCCGGUAGCAUCGAGAAGCUUCUGGUUGAGACCUCGUCGACCAAAUCGGAGGACUGGUUCUUUAACGCCCUCAACGGCAAGGCGAGUACUUUGUCCGCCGGCGCCAGUGAUCGUGGUUUUUCCGAUUCUUCAUCUGUCAAUUGUCUCCUCGGAUUGGACGAUGAUUUAGUCGGGAAGGCAGUGCCAGUGGUGGGGCCAAAUGAUGUCGAAGCCCGAAUCGAGGAUUCUAAAUCUGGCGGAAUUGUGAACGUUAACGUGAGCAAUCAAGAUGUGAACUCGGUCCCGGAUUCUCCAAUGCUCGAAACGACGUCGUCCUUUGGGUCCACCUCGAGUUCUCCGACAGUGGCCAAUUUGCCGCCGAUUAGGGUUCAUGUGGAGGAGAACCCGAAGGUGGGAAUUGAGGAUCAGUUUCAGCAGAUGAAUUUGGGGGUUGUUGGCAACGUGAAUCUAGUAGCUGCGCAGAAGCCGGAGGAGGCUGGGGGUCUGGUUGCGCCGGCUCCGGCGCCGGCGCCGGCGGGGCAGGUGGUUGGGGUACCGGUGGUUGUUGGCGGUGACUACUCCAAUCUCACUCGGGUUAUCUCCGAUGAUGAAAGAUCAGAUCCCGGUGGGUGCAGAAAGGUACAACAGGUUCAGCAGCAGGUACAACCACAGCUGCCCAUUCCCCAUUUCCAGCAGAGGCAAGCUGCUGCCUUUGAUUUAGCUUCCCCAGAUUCAGUUUCAAGUGAAGGAGAAAGUAUGACAAAUCCAUUAUCCAGGCAGAGACAAGCUAUUUAUCAAGAUUCAAUCUUGCAAUCACAAUCUGCAAACACUAAAGUUGCUGCUAAUCAGCCGAAUCCAAAACCCCAAGUUCAAGAAUCAUCGGGCUAUAUGUUAUCCAGCCAAUACGAACAAAAUCAAACUCACUUACAUCACCCACAGCAAUUUAUUCAUACUGGCAAUCAUCAAUAUAUUCCUGCAGGAUCAAUCCCCAUUGCAUCUUAUUACCCAAUUUACACUCCUCAACAGCAAAAUAAUCCACACCAGCCCAGAAUAGAUCAGCAAUACCCGUUUUAUUUCGUUCAAGCUAGACCAGCACAAGGGUACAACAUUCCAAUGCAGCAAACGAAUUACAACCAGAAUUAUUAUAACCAGGCCCUGCAGUCUCAAUUGUCUGCUCAAUACCAGUCUCUAACGUCGGCCCCUGCUUUGGUUGUACCAGAUGCAUCAGGUCAGAUACCUUCGGAGAAUAUCAAGCAGUGACAGGUAAGUUUGGUGUGGAUAUGAACAAUUUUGCAAUCUGUUUUUACUAUUCUUAUUGGUCAUCUGUGGUUUGUAAUUUUAGUAGGUAAUAAGGGAUUCUGGGAUUUGGUCAUCUUUCUAUCUGGUGUAUGUCAUUGUUAUUUAGAGAAAGUGGGACUGUCUUUGGUGUGAUACUGUAAAAUUUCAAGGAUGCUUGAAGGAUUACAUACAUGGUGAUCCUUAUAUAUAUAUGUGUGUGUGUGUGUAAGCUAUUGAAUAAAUAUGAGACAGUAUUUAAACUUAGCAUAUUGUUGCUUUUGGGGUAUCUGUAGAUUUUAUGUUGGUGCUACUUAAUUGAGCUUUUGCGCAUUUUAGCUUUCUCGAUUAGGUUGACGUUGUUUUUGGUGGAUACGGUAGGAAUUAAUUUUUCGAUCGAUUGAUGAAGCAAAGAUGGUUUACUCGUCGUAUGACUGUAUUACAUUAUUUUUGGAGACAACAUUUGACGACAUGCUUCGAAAUUACAUGUCUAUAUCAGUAAACUCGAAAUCUUGUUUCUUUUUUGCAAUUCAUUUUGUUAGUUGUUUUCCACAUUUAUAAAAUCAGGUCAUAGAUUUU